GCAAGAGGCGCCUGGCGGAGCUGACGGUGGACGAGUUCCUAGCUUCGGGCUUUGACUCCGAGUCCGAAUCCGAGUCCGAAAACUCCCCAGAAGCGGACACGCGGGAGACACGCGAGGCUGCCCGGAGUCCGGAUGAGCCGGGCGGGAGUCCCUCGGCCAGCCGGCGUAAAGGCGGUGCCUCUGAGCACAAGGACCAGCUGUCUCGGCUGAAGGACAGAGACCCCGAGUUCUACAAGUUCCUGCAGGAGAAUGACCAGAGCCUGCUAAACUUCAGCGACUCAGACAGCUCUGAGGAGGAGGGGGAGCCGUUCCACGCCCUGCCGGAUGUGCUGGAGGAAGCCAGUGAGGAGGAGGAUGGAGCAGAGGAGGGGGAAGAUGGGGACAGAGUCCCCAGAGGACUGAAGGGGAAGAAUUGUGUUCCUGUGACCCUCGCCAUGGUUGAGAGAUGGAAGCAGGCAGCAAAGCAACGCCUCACUCCAAAGCUGUUCCAUGAAGUGGUACAGGCGUUCCGAGCAGCUGUGGCCACCACCCAAGGGGACCGGGAAAGUGAUGAGGCCAACAAAUUCCAGGUCACGGACAGUGCUGUGUUCAAUGCUCUGGUCACUUUCUGCAUCAGAGACCUUAUUGGCUGUCUCCAGAAGCUGCUGUUUGGAAAGGCGGCAAAGGACAGCAGCAGCAAACGUGGGCGAAAGGAAACCAGCCUGCGGCAGUUGGUGGUGCCUGGCAGACCCCAGAGGAUGCUGCAGCCGUCCAGCAGCCCGCUGUGGGGGAAGCUCUGUGUGGACAUCAAGGCGUACCUGGGCUCGGUCAUACAGCUGGUGUCCUGUCUGGCGGAGACGACGGUGUUGGCGGCCGUACUGCAGCACAUCAGCGUGCUGGUGCCCUGCUUCCUGACCUUCCCCAAGCAGUGCCGCAUGCUGCUCAAGAGAAUGGUGGUCGUAUGGAGCACUGGGGAGGAGUCCCUGCGGGUGCUGGCGUUCCUGGUCCUCAGCAGAAUCUGCCGGCACAAGAAGGCCACUUUCCUCGGCCCCGUCCUCAAGCAAAUGUACAUCACGUAUGUGAGGAACUGCAAGUUCACCUCGCCUGGUGCCCUCCCCUUCAUCAGUUUCAUGCAGCGGACCCUGACAGAGCUGCUGGCCCUGGAGCCGGGUGUGGCCUACCAGCACGCCUUCCUCUACGUCCGCCAGCUCGCCAUACACCUGCGCAACGCCAUGACCACCCGUAAGAAGGAAACAUACCAGUCUGUAUACAACUGGCAGUACGUGCACUGCCUCUACCUGUGGUGCCGGGUCCUGAGCACUCUGGGCCCCAGCGAAGCUCUCCAGCCCUUGGUCUACCCCCUUGCGCAGGUCAUCAUUGGCUGUAUCAAGCUCAUCCCCACUGCUCGCUUCUACCCACUGCGAAUGCACUGCAUCCGUGCCCUGACGCUGCUCUCAGGGAGCUCGGGGGCCUUCAUCCCAGUGCUGCCUUUCAUCCUGGAGAUGUUCCAGCAGGUCGACUUCAACAAGAAGCCGGGGCGCAUGAGCUCCAAGCCCAUCAACUUCUCUGUGAUCCUGAAGCUGUCCAAUGUCAACCUUCAGGAGAAGGCCUACCGGGACGGCCUGGUGGAGCAGCUGUACGACCUCACCCUGGAGUACCUGCACAGUCAGGCACACUGCAUCGGCUUCCCGGAGCUGGCGCUGCCCGUGGUCCUGCAGCUGAAGUCCUUCCUCCGGGAGUGCAAGGUGGCCAACUACUGCCGGCAGGUGCAGCAGCUGCUUGGGAAGGUUCAGGAGAACUCGGAGCACAUCUGCAGCCGCCGCCAGAGGGUUUCCUUUGGCGUGUCUGACCAGCAGGCAGUGGAAGCCUGGGAGAAGCUGACCCGGGAAGAGGGGACCCCCCUGACCUGGUACUACAGCCACUGGCGCAAGCUGCGUGACCGGGAGAUCCAGCUGGAGAUCAGUGGAAAAGAGCGGAUGGAAGACCUGAAUUUCCCUGAGAUCAAACGAAGGAAGGUGGCUGACAGGAAGGAUGAGGACAGGCAGGAAUUUAAAGACCUCUUUGACCUGAACAGCUCUGAAGAGGACGACGACACUGAGGGCUUCUCGGAGAGAGGGAUACUGGGGCCCCUGAGCACUCGGCAUGGGGUGGAAAAGGACGAGACGCUGGGGCCCCUGAGCACUCGGCAUGGAGUGGAAGAGGAUGAGGACGACGACUCGGAGGGUGAAUGGUCUUGGGAUGGAGACCCAGACGCAGAGGCAGGGCUGGCCCCUGGGGAGCUGCAGCAGCUGGCCCAGGGGCCGGAGGAUGAGCUGGAGGCUCUGCAGCUCUCCGAAGAGGACUAAGGCAGCCCAUCUGGGGGCCUGCAGGGGCUGCCGUGCUGGUGGCCAGUGUUCCCACCUCUCUGGCAGUCAGGCCCAGAGGCUGGCGUGUGUGCAGCUGGGGGAGGCAGUAGACAGGGGACAGGCUUUAUUUAUUUUUCAGCAUGGAAGACCAAACGGACUGAGAGCUGUGCUGGGCUGGCGUGGCUGCUGAAGCCCCACAGCUCUGGGCUGAAGCCAGCUCCGCGCGGGACACGAUGACCCUGAUGUCAGGAGACUAGACCAGUCCUAGUUCCAGGGGGAGGCCUGCAGACCCCUGGCCCCUUCCACCACCUCUGCCCUCCAUCUGCAGACCUCGGCCGCACCAGGCUCUACAUUCACUCCCCCAAGUCUUUGGAAAUUUCCUCCUUUCCUUUGAAGUCACAUUUUCCUUCAAAAUUUUUUGUUUUGCAUCCAAAACCAAAAGAAAUAAAGCUGUGGGAGGCAGGG